GUCAUUUCGUAUGCAAAUAAGAUGUUGCUAACGCCAUCUUACUAAACGGAUAUACUAGCCCUCAAAAAAUCUGUUUAUAUCUUUGUUUAGGCGUAUCAUCGCCUUAUACUUAUAUUGUUAAAGUGAAAUUUGAUUAUUAAAAAUGGCUUCGCCCGAUGGCAAGCUCUCCACAACCGAUCGUGUUACGAAAAGUGUGCCAUUUCCUCCUAGUCACAGACUUACUAUGAACGAAGUGUUUGAUGCUAAAGGAAAGCCAAGACCUGAUGUUCUGAAACAACAUUUCAUCCUUGAAGGCAAGCUUACAGAGGAUGUUGCGCUGCGGGUCAUUAAUGAGGGUGCCGCUCUUCUACGGCAAGAAAAGACAAUGAUAGAUAUCGAAGCACCAGUCACAGUGUGUGGUGACAUCCAUGGCCAGUUCUAUGAUCUGAUGAAGCUGUUCGAGGUUGGUGGACCGCCUGCAACCACUCGCUACCUCUUCCUUGGCGACUAUGUUGACAGGGGAUACUUCAGCAUUGAGUGUGUACUGUACCUUUGGGCGUUGAAAAUCCUGUACCCAAACACAUUCUUCCUACUAAGAGGAAACCAUGAGUGCCGGCAUUUAACAGAAUACUUCACAUUCAAACAAGAAUGCAAGAUAAAGUACUCUGAGCGGGUGUACGAUGCAUGCAUGGAUGCGUUUGACUGUCUGCCCCUGUCUGCGUUGAUGAACCAGCAGUUCCUGUGUGUUCACGGAGGCCUCUCACCGGAAAUUCACAAUCUCGAAGACAUCAGAAAGCUGGACAGAUUCAAGGAGCCACCGGCGUUUGGGCCAAUGUGUGAUCUGUUGUGGUCGGACCCGCUGGAAGACUUCGGCAAUGAGAAAACCACUGAACACUUCACGCACAACAGUGUACGAGGUUGCUCAUACUUUUACAGCUAUGCAGCAUGUUGUGAUUUCUUACAACAGAAUAAUUUAUUAUCAAUUAUACGAGCCCACGAGGCGCAGGAUGCAGGGUACAGAAUGUACAGAAAGAGUCAGACAACAGGAUUCCCAUCAUUGAUAACUAUCUUCUCAGCCCCAAAUUAUUUAGAUGUUUAUAAUAAUAAAGCUGCUAUUUUAAAAUAUGAAAACAAUGUGAUGAACAUUCGGCAGUUCAACUGUUCACCCCAUCCAUAUUGGUUGCCAAAUUUUAUGGAUGUAUUUACAUGGUCACUUCCAUUUGUAGGUGAAAAAGUGACAGAGAUGCUAGUUAAUGUUUUGAAUAUUUGCUCAGACGAUGAGUUGAUGAAUGAAGUCGAUGACACAUUCGAAGUGAAACAACCAAGAGGCGGAGCAGUCGCUGCAAGGAAGGAGGUCAUACGAAACAAAAUCCGCGCUAUUGGCAAGAUGGCCCGAGUCUUCACAGUGCUACGCGAGGAGAGUGAGAGUGUUCUGCAGCUGAAGGGCCUCACACCGAACGGUCUGCUGCCACUUGGGGCCCUUGGAGGGGGCAAGGCCACACUCAGCAAUGCACUGGGUGGUUUUGACCCUUCGCACAAGAUCAGUGGGUUUGAUGAGGCGAAAUCCCUGGACAAGGCUAACGAACGGAUGCCACCGCGCAAGGAGAAUCCAAUGAACAACUCGAAAAGCUAGGAGAUUCCCCCGUCUCCCCCUAGCUCUAGUGAACAACGCAUUAACUGUUUAUGAAACUAUCAAGCUAUGACAAGAGGAAGUGUGAAUGGUUUUAAGGGUUUAAGGAUUAUUACUCAAUAUGCAGAGCAGAAAAUGACAGUUUGACUUCUGGACAGGGUUUUAGUUUGCCUUGCCAUGGAAGCGGUUCAUUUUUGCCAAACUGCAAUGGAUGAUUUUGUUGGCAACAUGUAAGCCCGAGGCUUAAACCUCUCAGGUGUGAGCCAGUAGGGUACCCUGUCGGUCAGUGGGGAUAAGUGUUCAUUAAUUCUGCGGACCUUAGAGCUACAAGCCUGUUUACUACUGUCUUAGAGAGUGAAUUUGUGGAGUUUUUAUUGGUUUAUACGGUGUAUUUUCACGAAUUCUACGCUUUGCAAUGCAAUACCUGAUGGUCAGUAACGUCUGCAUUGCGUGGCAUGGUUCGUUGUUUUGAAAAUUGUGUACUUUAAAAAAUGAUCUUGGGGUUGGCUCUCUAGUCAAUGUUGAUAUUUUUCUACUUUGUUAUUGUUGGGUUGGUUUAUUGUAUUCUGUUAUGAAAGCAGGGGCAUAGCCAAGGAGAAGAAAAAUAGGUGAGGAUGGAUGAUGGACAAAUGUGUACUGAGGGGUGUGACAAUGGCCAUCAACAUUCGACAGAAAUCACAGCUUCUUACGGUGACUUCAAUACUGCUUUCAACUUAUAGCAGAAAUUCUUUCUCACUGUUGUUAAGUGUUAAUUGAUUUUUGACAAGUUUAAAGAUUGUUACCAACUACUUCAAUAUAUUCUAGAGUUAGAAAACAUGUACAAGGUUAUAUUGUUUUUCCAGCAGAACUUUGUUGUAGUUUAUUUUUCCAUUUUAUGAGACUUAGAUUGAUGUUGUGAUUUCCCAGUUUAUGCUCAUGGUUUUAACUAUUGUGAUGGAGAAUUUUCUUCCUCUUCUACUUCAAGGCCAGCAUUUCUGUCUGAUUUUGAGGGAACGAAAUAAUAGAAAAUAAUCUUAAUGAUAAAUAGAAUUUGAAUAACUUCCUGCAGCAUUUGUUACAGUGAUUUUUUUUAUUGAUUUUUUUUACUGUUGAAUAUCGCAAAAGAAAUGUCCAUUAACCCACACAAAAAAGAUGUAUCAUUUCUCCAAAAUAAAAUCAAUAAAAUCUGACAGAUGCACAUCCGGGGGCAGGGUGAUGGGGAACAAGUGAUUAUUCAUUCAGCAAAUGCAGAAAAAGAAAUGAUUUGUUGACUAAGCUCUUAUCUUCCCAAAUUAAGGAGUUCCCAUGCUCAUUUCCCCCAGUUGAAAAGGCAAAGCCAGUAAAACCAUUUCCAAAAAAAGUUUCACUGUGUGAAGACAUUGCACAAUACAACUGCUAUGCUUCAAAUUCAGUAAUGUUGAGAAAUUGUUUCCCUGUGGAAUCCCAUCACUUAAACAGUUUUCUAAAGAAGCAAGUGUGAAUGCUGGCUGGAUGGUUUUCCCUGUGGAUGACAUUAAUAGUUCUCUAAGCCCAAAGACAGCCAUUUUUCUGUUGAUUUUACUGCAGCAUUAUGUGUAAAAUAAUGCCUGAAGUAGACUCAGAUAUUGUUACUUUUCUUCAUAUGUUUAACCCAUGUAACUUUCAAAAUGAUGAUCGUUAUGAUUGUAAAUACAUACAGUUCUCUUUAUUGAAACGGGAGUUCAUCCAUGGCCAUUAUGCAAGAUCAUUGACUUAACACAUUGUCAUUGAUUAAAGCAGGCCGGAGACAUUGUGCCGAUUGCUCAGAACUAACAACAUUGUGAACAAGAUAAUUGUUAACUUUAAAACCUGAACUAUUUUAUAACACACUCAUAUAAUUAGAUAAAACACAUUAAGUGGAAAGAGGUAUAGCGAUAAUUUUCAGAAAUACUGCAGAUCCCAAAUUUGUCGAUAUAAGUUCCAGAGAAGAAUGUUACGGUAACAAUAAGAUUUGAAAGUUAACAAUGAUGAUGUUCACAAUGUUUUAAACUUUAACAAAGUUCUGAACAAUUGGCCCAAUGACAAUCCAGGUUUGCUGUAAUAAAAAACAUACAUUUCUGGAGGUCGAAUCUGAGGGAACCAUGGUUCUCUUUAAUUUUUAUUUUUUUCGAUACUAGACUUAAAUCUUCCGUGGCUGAUAACAAAUCAUGAAUGAAUUUCAACCUUAUGGCCUUCUUCAAGAAUAUUUGGAGCAAUUUACAGUUGUAAUAUUGCACUAAGAAUAUUAGUUCCUAUGUUGCACCUAGUGUUCUUGAUGAAUCAACCAUCAGGUGUUCAAUACUGCUAAUGAAAGAAUUUCAUGUCUAUGCACUAUAGAACUAAAUUAAACUAGGAAAAUUGAAUAUGAUGAAUCUUCGAACAUUUUUUUGUAACUCCUAUUUUUUAAGCCAGAUUGGUUCUGAUCUCUUGACGCAUAUCAUAUGGCUGAGGAAUUUUGAUUAAGCACUUAAUUGUUUGAAAGUGAUUCAAGAUUGAACAUUUAAUUGAAUUGGUAUUUCAGUUUUCAAAUGUGGAAUCAGUAACGUGUCAUAGACCUGUAAUUCAGUAUCUAAAGGGAAAACCGGUACAUAGUUGCAUUUGUGUAUAAGGCCUAAAAAAAAAAUUUGUUUGGUUAGGGUUACAUCCUUUUCAAAAAUAGGUAGGGUAGGUAGGCUUUUUAUUUAUUUUUUUUAUUAGGUUUUAUAUAAGAAUAUAAUUUUCAUCAUUGGAGAAUGGUGUUAAAGCUAUCUUCUGUACAAGCAUUUAAGGUUUAAACUUAAUAUUAAAAAGCAAUUAAAAAAAAAAACGAAAUUUUUUUAUUUAUUUUUUUUUAGUUUUUUUUUUUUUUUAGUUUUUCAUUUUUUUUUUCAAACUGACUAUAAAAACAGUAGGGUCGGCGCCUAUUCCGUAGGUAGGGUCGGGUAACCCGAACCAAAUGUAUUUUUUUUUUUAGGCCUAAGGUAAAUUUUAUUGAAUGGUUGGAUUAUUGAAUGAACAAAUAAUGACCACAGCAGAUUACUAAUUGUGGAGCUCACCGUAUUCUUUUAUAUUUUUUCUGUGAUAAGUGUUUUUCUUAAACAAUGUAAACCAAAAAAAUACGAACAUGUACUACCAUUGUAACAUUGCUGCAUAGUUCUGAAUUUCUUUCAUUUUAUUGAAUGAUUUAAAAAAAAUUCAGAAGUGCAAGGAUUGAAUAGAUAUGUAUUGCUUAUGAACAAAAACAUUGCUAAAUCUCACUUUACAUACUUCUUGAAAAGUGCCAGGAUUGACAGUUUGUGUUGAAUAUGGCGUUUAGUUUGGUUGCGAAGCAACUUCAAUGCCUAAAGAGACUGUUUAAAAUGCAUAAAUUUAUUUUAUUUACAGCUUCUGUGCUCCAUUGUGUCCUUGUCUCUUUAACUGUUGUAUGUAACAUUUAAUUGUAGCUUCUAUCUUUUUGUUAUGUUUUUGAAUAUACUGUCAUCGAAAUUAGUCUUUUUUGAUGAACAAGCCCGAUUUCUUAUACUUUUGUUUGACAUUAAUUUUUUAGCAAGCCCUGCUAUAUAAAAUCCAGAAUUUGAGCUAGCCCGUAAAGCAUUUUAUCAGUGCAGGGCUUGGGCUCUUGUGCUAAUUUUGAUCACUGAUAUUAUCUGUAGUAUUUUACCAAUGAUUUCAACAUCAUACUUCUAAGCUUCUACAUAUUUUAAUUUCACUUGAAGCCUAGAACGUUUCACAAAAUGAUACAUGUACACAUUUUUCUUUGAUUAAUUGUUAUCGUCAGAACAUUGUUUUCCUGAACUACACAUGAAUGAUAGUUAUAAUUUCGCAUAAACUACAUAAGAUUGAAGACCGAUACAAAUCCCUUACUUUGCAGGUAACGGGAACAAAAAGCAUGCCACACCUUAUAUGUAAGGGCUAUUGGCACUAUGUCAAGUGUAUUUUAAAUGAGAAAAACUUACUUGCACACAAGUUAAUAAAUGUUAUGUCAAAUGUUAUUAAAACACAUGUAAAUAAGAUAAAGAAAUUUAAACUUUAUCUGAAAAAUUCUUGAAACCUUUUUUUAAAACAUGUGCAUGAUUAAGAUUGUCUUCAGAAUUAAAUGAUUUUUGGGGAAAGAUAACAUUCUGACAUGUUCUGACUUCAUGUUUAUGUGUUACUCUUAUAUAAAUGACAUUAUUUUCUAUUAGAGUUUUGAUAUAAAGCUAUGUGCAAUACACUGUUUCUGUUAGCUAUUUACGUGUAUAGGCCUCGUGGAGCGGCCUGUAAGCUAUAUGCAUGUACAGUCCUGUAAGCUAUAUAUGUGAACAGGCCUUGUAAGCUAUAUACGUUUACAGACCUGUAAGCUACAUAGACUUGUAAGCUAUUUUCAUUUGCUAACCUGUAAGCUACAUACAUGAACAGGCCUUGUAAGUUACACAGACCUGUAAGCUAUAUAUAUAUAUAUAUAUAUAUAUAUACAUGUACUUACCUGUAAGCUACAUAUGUGAACAGGCCUUGUAAGCUACACAGACCUGUAAGCUAUAUACAUGUACUUACAUGUAAGCUAUAUAAGUGAACAGGGCUUGUAAGCUAUAUAUGUGUACAGACCUGUAAGCUAUAUACAUGUACAGGCCUUUUGCAGAUACUGUCUGUUGCUGCAUUUUAUACUAGGGCUGCGUAAUUAUGCCUUCAUCUACAGCUCCAAAGCUCUGAAAUCAUGAAUCAAGUUAUCCUAAUAUGGAGUCUUAGUUGCGAUUUCGGUGAAGAAUCUGGCUAAACACAGUAUCUGCCAAGGAGUAUACAUGUAUAGGUUGCCACUUGUUAACAGCUACAUCACUGACUGUGCAACGUGGAGAAAGUGGCUUAGACCUGAAUAUGACUGGUUACAUACCUACAAGCAGGUUUAGCCAUACGUUUAAGUGUUAAUUAUUGUGUUACAGUCAGUCAGGAUGAUAGUUGUAAUUUCUUUUGUGAUUUUUUUCUUGUACUUUGUUUAUUAUUUCAUGUUUAUUAAUUGUAAAUGAACUUCCUUUAUUAAAUAGAUAUUUAUAUGUUGGUUUUUAUUAUAAAACAAUGAUCCCCAGGGCUAAACUGAUAUAUUUGUUUGUUACACAUGGAUAUUUAUAUUUAAUGUUGGAUUUAAUGUUAAAUGUUUGUGUUUUCCAAGUUUCUUUGAAUUUAUUGAGUGCAUGUAUAAUGGCUUUGUGUGAACCUUAGUAUAUAAUAAAGAAAUUCCUCAGCUUCUCAUAAAUGGAGAAUGUUUAUGGCUAUGAUACAAAAUUUGCAAAUUUACUUGAACCCUCUACAAAAAGAUUAUAUUUAUGAGGUUUGCAACAGAAUGGCCAUGCGUCCAUGCCUCAUAUAUGAAUAGUUUAAUCAAGAAACAUUCCACACAUGAUGUAACUAUUAAUAUAUAUGUCUAUAUUAUCCGCAAUAUUGACCUUUAUCUGUUUUAGCAAAUGGUGAAUAAUCUAUUUUUUAAAACAAUUCCAACCUUGACGCAAGCAAGAAAAUGACUAUAGUACAUUAAGACAAUGGAGUGCAUCUUUUUAGUAAUACAAUUUUGUCUUAAUUUAAGAUGUUUAAUAAUUUAUCUAAAACCAUCAUUUCGAGCUGAGAUAAAUUUGUAAAAUUACAAUUAAAAGGAGUAAUGUAAAAUUUGGUUUGCUUGCAAAUUAAGAGGCUUAACUAUAUACUUCAACAGUAAAAACAUGGAAGCUUUGAAAGCUAGUAGAUUGCCUUGAUGUUGACACAAUGUGAAAUCUAAAGUAUAUUUAAUGUACUUUCUUGAAAAAAAUAGCACAGGGAAAUACUAACUUUGUAUAUCAAGUAGAGUGUUGGAAAUUCAAUAAUUAAUAAAACUGUUUAUUUAUUUUUUUAAAUUGUUUGUAGGCCUUUUAUUUGCCAGAAACAUGAAAAUUAACAACGGAUGAAGCAUUUCAUCAUCAAUCCAGAAAUCAAGGUUGUGAGCUUUCUAUUUCAGAUCGCUUCAUUGUUGAAAAGUUUAUUUGCUCGGCACUUGGCAUUUAAGUAGUAAGAACUACCUUGAAAUUGAUAAAAAUGGCUAUUUCAAUAACUUCAACAAGGUUCUAAGCCCCUUAACCCUGCUCUGAGAUUGAAUCUCUCAUACUAGAACCCGAUUUUCUGGAUCGGGAAUUUCUGUCUAUUAUCAUCCCUGUAUGCUUAAAAAGGAAUAAUUUUUAAAACUCCAGAAAAAAGGAUAUGCUUUGCUGUCACUUAGGGCUUCUUAGAAAUGAAAUCAUGAUAAGUUAGUAGAUGAGAUUUCUUUUCAUAUUGUGUUAUUUUUAAUGAGAAUUUGAGAAUUUUAACAUUUAUACUGCUGAUGACAUUAUCUGUCAAAGGUAAAGUAGAGAAUGGCCACAAAUGCUUGACUAGUAUUAGAUUCUGCGCUCUAUUAUGUAAGGAUUGUCUUGUAUGCUUUAACACUAAUUUUAUCAAGCAUUUAUUUACUUACUAAGUAUAUAUAUUUUUAUAAAAUCUGCAAUAAUGCACCCACUUUAUUCAGCCUUGUAAUUGUAUAAUGCAAAACGUUUCUAUGUAAAAUACUUAAUUUUCGCGGUUUGUCUGUCAUGUAUUUUUGCUCUACAUGGCCCUCUGUGGAUCUAGGACCCGGAGUGGCUCUGUGUAUCUAGGACCCUUAGUGACUUUAUGGAUCUAGAACCGCGAGUGGCUGUGUGGAUCUAGGACCCUAAGUAGCUCUGUGUAUCUAGGACCCUCAGUGGAUCUAGGACCCAUAGUUGCUCUGUGGAUCUAGGACCAAGAGAGGCUCUGUGGAUAUCGGACCCAGAGAUCUUCUGUGUGUCUUGGACCUGGAACUAGAACCGCGAGAGACUCUGUGGAUCUAGGACCCUGAGGGGCUCCAGGAAACUAGUACCUUGAGCGAUCUGGCAACUGAAUACAGCAGACUCCGCAUCUUUCCAUACAUGUUAAUGUGAACUGUGAACCCCUGUUGUAAAAUCAUGCAUGUCCUAUUCAUAAAUUUUCCGUGUUGAAUUAAAUCUUAUACUUUUUUCUUCA